UUGUCAAAUGCUGAAGAGCGAACGAAGAAUAAGACGUAUUGAGACAUUCGCACUUCGAAUAGAGCUAAAAGAACACCAUUACCACACAGCAAUAUUCAUUUUCACGACGUUGUUCAGUUGCUUUGGAAACGUUCAGUUGCGGUACAGUGAUGGGAACCGACUGGUGAAGAGCGCUUCAAAAAAUGUCCGGCUCUGGACCACUUAAGCCUUGAAUUUUUUACCAGUUUGACAGAUAUGAAUUUGACAGCAAAUAUUUCUACGGAAUUUCCUAACGGAAGAAAAAAAUGGGCGUUUGUUCAUCCAGUAAUUCAAGUUCUUGGUCAACCGCUMGAUCCAACYRAUGCUUCUGGAGCAAACUGGACAAAUGCWUGGACGUUUCAYGUURUAUUUUUCUGCACUUGCUUCAGUGUUGUGUCRAUUUACUCAGUUUAUGGAAUAAUACGYUCGUACAACCGAAAAGAAAAGGUUACGCGAAUUYUGGCGUAUAUAAUCCACGGUCUUAUUUUCAUCCUCGGAUUUACUCGRCUUUUCACUCUCAGUGUAUUCUACAAUGAGAUCGUUGCCACUUCGGUAAGGGCUCGGACUUCGGUUUUAUCUCGGCUAAUCUUCGAUUUAGGAUUCCCAUGCAUCACAGCGGCCUUUGGUCUUGUGCAGUAUUCAUUUACAGAAGCUUUGAAGGGCAAAUUGUCGGAAUCUAAGUUAGGAAAUUUUAAAUUCCUCAGCUUUCUCAUUGCAGGGAAUUUUUUACUUGUUAUAAUUGUAGAAGUUCUGACAGCACUUGUUAAUAAUCUAGCAUUACUUUUCUUUGCUACAAAGUGCUAUUUUCUUUUCUUUUCGGCUUUUUCAAUGAUAAGAAUCUUGUACAGCGGUUAUAAGGUGUUAAGMCAUGCGUCGGAAAAUAAACGCGCCUUGCACAACCUGAGUAUCCACUAUGGAGCGACAAAAUCUACSGAUGUCACAAGAAGAAAGAGCAUUGCCGAAAAGGAUUUAAUCAAAAGCCUGCGGAAAGUCAAAAUCAUCCUMAUUUUAACWAGCGUAUUCUGUUCUGUUGUUUGUGUUAUGGAGAUUUAUUCCAUUGGUGAACUUGCAGAAAUUGUGGCGGGAAAAGACGGCGCGCUCACCCCAUGGCCUUGGUACGCGUAUCAAACUAUCUUCCGAUUGGCUGAGCUCGGAAUGGCGGGAACUAUCCUAUACACGCUCGCGCCGGCUGGACAAAUGAAGAACAUUUCUGAGAAAAGUCGCUUGAUUUGGAAGCGUGUCUUUGGAAAUAAAGAUAGUAAAGUAGGAGAUGAAGCGGCUCAWGGUCACCCUAUGGCAAUGCUUAACCGAGCUUAUAAUUUGGGAAAUGAAAACUAGAACUGGAACGAUGUUUUGUCCUUUUGAAAUCACAUCUUUACCAAUCUCACUGUAAUUAGUGAAACUUUACACAAUCAUUUGAUAAAUAAAUAGAUACAUGUUUACAAAAACUAGAUAUAUCAAUA